AACCAACCAAUUCAAAAUGCAGCCCAAGUCAACCAGAGCAGAAGGUUGAGAGAGAUUUUGAGGGAGAACAUCGAUGGAGGACUGCAGGCCGCUCGGAUUCUUGAUCGGGCUGCCCUUCGCCGUCCUCGCCUUGGCCUUGUCGCUCGUCGGCGCCGUCGUCUGGAUUCUCGGGAGCGCCGUGAGUUGCAUCUGCCCCUGCUGCAUCUGUUGCGCGGCGCUCGCGAAUCUGGCCGUCGAUCUGAUCAAGCUCCCCGUCCGGGUGAUCAACUGCUUCAUCGAGCAGAUCCCCUGUUGAUCAGCUAGUUUUGCCCUUUACCAAUUUGUUCUACGUUUUUUGUUUUCUGAAUUGUGAAGAUUCAAUGUCCCAGAUGGUCCAUUGAUGUUGUAGUUUAAUUAACCAGAUGUUGUUUCGUUAUUGUUUCCUAUUUUGGUUUGAUUUUUUUUUUCUUUUCCCCCUUUUUCUGGGUUUUGAUUUAAUCAUAGUAUGGAAAGAGUUGACUCGAGUUCGUGCGGUGUCUCAGAACAAGAUCAAUUUUAGACCAGGGGAGAAAAUUUUGUGCACCCAUUUAACGUUAGAUUCACUUAUUGUAAUUGAGUAGUGUAGGUACUGCUUAAUAAAUAAUGCAUUAUUUUACAGAUCUUGAUUACGGUCUUUAGGAA